UUGUUCUCCCUGAUGUCCAACCUGCUGUUGUUCAUCUUUCACGUGAUACUACUACUCUGGAAUCCACUGAUGUUCCUGUACUCCACAGGUUUUUGCUAAAAGCUGAGAAUCAGACUGUUCCACUAUGCUUUGAUGUCAGUGGACCUGUCCGCCUUAAACUUCUUCACUAUCCCAGCAGGGAACUGUCUGUAAAUGGUGAGCUUGAUUCAGUUACAAAUGGAGGCUUCAGCAGAAUUUUCAUACACGUCAAAGACAGCCAACAUGUUGAGAUCGACACCAACUGGGUCACUGUACGAGAUGGACAGACAGUGACAUAUUACACUGGACAGGAUCGCAUUACAGCUGGAAGUGUGACAGUGAUUGUGCGCAACAACGAAAUAGACGUUGCCACUGGAGACAUGCGAAUGGUCAUCAUAGUUCAUGAGAACAAUGGUCCAAAAAUCCUUUGGCCAGUUUUAAGACAGCGUCCCUCGGACAACAAUGCUGAAGGACUUUUAGCUGUAGAGGCCGCAGUUUAUGAGGAGGUACAGCAAGCUCCUGUCAGAAAACUAAAGAUUAAAAACCAGGAGGCAGACGUUACUGGGGAGAUGGUUGUUGACUACAGCUUUGCUUCUCCUGUCACAAUGAACUGUUGGCUCACGUCUGCUGACUCUGCCCUGCAGAGACCACUGUUCCAGUUUGUCAUUACACAGCUUUAACUGGCAAAUAUGUUGAUUUAUUUGAAAAAUCUUUAAUUUAAAAGGAAAACAAGGCAAAACCAUAUAUUGUGGAAACUUUCUUUCCAUCUGUUUCCAACAUGUAGAAAUAUAACUGUGAAUGUGGAUCUAGUGUCAGACAGCAUUACCAAUUAAAAAUAACAUACAUAAAUCAAGAUUUAUGAUUACCACCAUCUGCCAUUAACAUAGCGUCCAAAAUGACACAAAUGCAGUUGAGAUGACAAUAACAGGCAUACUUCUACACCUUUAUUUUUUAAAUUCGUUGAAAAAUAAAAAAAUUAAUUUUAUAAGUUUAAACUACAGUAAUCAUAUUGUUAUAGCUAAAUGUUAAUCAGCUUUGCUGGCUGAUCUGGAAGAGAGUUGGAUUGUAGAAGGUUUGCUUAUAAAUAACAAUUUCAAAUAUUUCUGAAUCCUGGUUAAGUACCAGAACAUUGAGAGAGAAAACUUUUUAAAACAUCUCUUCUGUUUUGUCUUUAGCCUCAAACUGCAAAUGACAUGUAAUGAGGCUGACUUGAUUCAAGGAUCUCUGACAAAUAUAAUGCUGUUAUUUUUCUUGCAUAAUUUCAUGACUUCCUCAGAACAGUUUAUGGAAUGGAUAUCAAGCGAAUGAAUAAAGAAUCCAAACUAUUCCCUAA